AUGAUAACAUCGGUCUCUUGUGCCGUGCUACCUCUCCCUAAUUAUAUAAGUACUUCGGCCUACUUCAAGCCUGCCCCAAAAGACCAUCUGUUGUCGAAGUCACUUGCCUCUCCAUCUCGUUAUUCCAGCCAUUGGAUUGGUAUCCGAGCUUGUGUUUAUCAGCUCCCAGCUACGAUUGACAACUUUAUUGUUCUUGUUUAUAAGCCACCCUGUUGAACGUAUAGCGUGGUGUAGUAUGAGCCUCUUAAUUGCGAUCGCAUGGAUUAUGGCAAUCACGGAAGUGGUUAUCAAUGUUGUUGCAGAUAUUUGGUUCCGCAUUUGGACUCUUGGAUGUAGUGACUGGUCUUACAAUCCUCGCAGUGGGCAACUCCCUUGCAGAUCUCAGAAAAACAGACAUGAACAUGGCCGCGGCUGCUGCAAGUCCUUUCCCAAAUCAUGGGCUUCUCCACAUGCUUCAGUGUGUCUACGGUCGAGUUUUUCCUCGACAUCGGUAUCGCCGGCUCUUACGCGGUCUUGCAAGCUGGGAGCGAGCUGUGUAUACUAUAUGGUUGACGCGUAUUUAUUGAAAUUGCGGGCGGAGGGACAACACUUGUACUUAUUAUUAUUAUUAUUAUUAUUAUUGAAUAUCUUAAAGGUUACGCGCGUACCGCCUACAUAAUAGCCACCUACUUAUGUACACUUCCAUCUCCCUGGAUCAUCUUAUGUAUACUACUUAUCGCCACUUAUACGUUGGCUUAUCUAAUUGCACAAGGUCGCACCUGUUUAUUCUCUUAGGUUCGCAUUAUCGGCACAUUGGU